CGAGCCGGGGGGCUUGGCGCGCGCGCGCGCGCGGUUGCCAUGGAGCCGGGGCUGUUCCUGGAGCUGCGCCGGAGGCGGGGUGGCGCCCUGCUCAUCGUCCGAGCACCAAAGGAAGAAAGCCUCCCCCUGGACAUUUCAGUCACCCCGACACUGCUGCAGGUGAAAAGCCCGCAAGGUUGCAAGGAGGUCAGCCUCCCAGGAGGAGUCACGCUUGUCCCUUCCUCCUGUCGGGGACUGCAAUAUGUGGCUGGUGAUGGGUUGCACGUAAGGCUACAGAUCCUGGCAGAUUCGCAUUCAGAAGCGGCUCCAACUUUGAGUCAAAGUGUAAAGGCUCAAGAAAGUUGCACUUUUUACUGCCAGACCUGUGGUGAGGUCAUCAUAAGAGAAAGGAGGUUCCACAGGGUCCUCCCUCUUCCAAGUGAAAACUGGAGUGCCCUAGUUGAUGAAUGGUGUUGCCAUCCUGAUCCAUUUGCUAAUCGGGAACUUCUCCCUCAAGAAAAUGACUGCUUUGUGGGAGACACUCACUUCCAUCUGAACUUAGGAGACGAGCUACUUGAGCCAGGUUCCGAAGUGACCCGAAAAGAGACUCACCCUCCUGCUUCCGAGAGCCAACCUGGACAGAAACCCAAGGCAAAUACCAGAGUAAUUUGUAAACGUUGCAAGACAUUACUGGGAGAGAGUACAACAUCAGAUAGCCACCCACUUGCCCAUGGGACCACAAAGCUUUUUGUCACAGAGAUCAUUAUUAAGCCAUCUGGACAAGAUUUUGCCAUUGUUCCAAGGUCUCAGUAUGUUCAAAGUGUUUUUGCGCAGUGUCUUUUGGAGCUGUCUUCUGCAAGAAGCACAUUUAGGUUCAGCAUUCAAGGUCACGACGGGAAAACGUACAUCUUGAUGUGGCUUUUAAACUCUGACACUAUGCUGGUGGAAUCUCUUGGAAAUUCGGAGGGAAGCAAUGUGUUCACAGUCUUUGAAGACCUGUUGAGUCCUGAUUCUAACUCCUUGGAAGCCAGGGAUGCGAUCAAGGUUCUUUACCAUCCGUGCAUCAAAAAUAGAAAUAAAGAACUGGCAAGUUCCUGGGAAACUGACAUUGGGGUUCAUGCUCUAACCUUGCCCUCAAAAACCUGCUUGGAGCUGCUCGUGAUUCUCUCCUGGAGCAAUAGAGUAUUGCCAUCUUCCCUUCGCUACAUGAACUCCUUCCAGUUCUAUGCUUUACUAGCUGGUGGAACUAGCCCUUAUAUAUCAUUUGUGAAAGUGACAAGUCUUGAGAGUUGGCAUCCAUUUGAGUUAUCCGAUGUCUACCGAACCGUUCGGCUGCUGCUUCACAACCUAGGAUGGUCAAACGUGCUGCUACUUGAUGCUUUUAGCAUAAAGGAGAGCCGCUUUAAGGUGGCUUUUCUGAAACUAUGAGCAUUGGGACGCGGGCAUUCUCUGCUCCGCCAAGGAACAUUCCUGUCCAUCGUACACCAAGGAGGCUGCCGUGAGAGAAGAUGGUACUAGAAGUCCAGAUCGGAACCGCUGUGGUGUUCAACAUAAUGCCUUGGAACUCUGUGUGGCUUUAUGUACCCCAGGGAGUAUUGACUCAACCCCUUUCUGAGUCUGCAGCUUCAGAGAGCCUUACAGCUGCCUGCUGAGAAGAGACCUAAGAGAAGGGCGGCCCCACACAGAAAAAUUAACUCCUCGGCUGGGCCAUCCCCACUCGGAAAACAAAUGGCCGAUCGAUACCACGGUCACUACCACAGGCCCUUUUGGUUCUGGGUAGGCCUGAGGAAGAAGCCCUUUGGGGCCCAGAUGAGUUCGGUCAGGCUGCAGAUCUUGAUAGAAGGAGUCCCGGGGAGACUUUGAAGAACUUUCAUGAUUGUUCAAAUGGAGCGGGAAAUAAGACUUGUCCAAACAUUGUUCCCAAAAUCAAAUAACAAAUGCAUUUUUAAAAAUAAACCAUCUUCCACAGUG